CAGCAUUUGUUCAACAAAGAUCGAAUGCACACAGUGACUUCACUGGAGUUUCGCUGUUAGAGUGACUUUGCCGCGAGGGAAGACUCACAAAGGAUUUCCCCAGAAAGGAGGGAGCGAUAUUUGACGGGAAUCGUCGCCUGAUGUCCGUGUUCAAACGGCAAAGCUAUUCAACAGCUCAAGAAGUCGGUCAGGGACUAAUGCAGCUUAAAAUUGGUCCCAACGACAAGGAAACAACGAAAGUCGCGAAGAAGAAGAUGGCUGCUGCUAAUUCUCGGCGCCGGAAAAAAUCAAGAUUGAAGAGGUCCAAAAGCGCCGACAACUCAAGAGUUGUUGAACUUCGCAAAGAGAGAUCCCGAGAUGCAGCAAGAAGCAGACGUGGCAAGGAAAAUGCUCAGUUUGAUGAGCUGGCCAAACUCCUGCCAUUACCCAGUGCCAUUACAUCCCAGCUGGAUAAGGCUUCCAUCGUGCGACUUACAAUCAGUUACCUGAAUAUGAAACAGUUUGGAAAAAGAGGUAAACGUUAUCGUCUGGGGUCGACUAGCUCCCUCUUGUCAGAGUCCUCAAAUUCACCCGGGUCUGAUGCAGAUGGAGAUGUUCAUUUUGGAAGUCCUGGAAGUCCCUCUCCGCCAUCCUCCAUUUCUUCACCGCCACCGACUAGCAGUACUUCUGCAGCUGCUUCAGUUGUUCCAUACAAUCAGAGUAGCACGAGCUUUAGUGACCUGGCAGCCAACAGUGGUAUCUUUUUGUUACAGGCACUGGAUGGAUUCCUCUUUGUUCUCUCCAGCGAUGCAAAAGUCCUUUAUGUUUCAGAGACAGUGUCUGUGCAUCUUGGACUGUCACAGGUGGAGCUGACAGGAAGCAGUAUGUACUGUUAUAUUCACCCUGAGGAUCAGCAGGAUUUGUCCAAUGUUUUGGAGGCUGGAAAGGAAGAAUUAGAAAAUCCCAAUAAUGAGGCAGCUGCUGGGAGAUACACAGAUGAUAUUCCUUUCUUUGGAAAUGAGCAAGCUUUCACUGAAGAGGCAGAGCUUCCUAAUAAAGAGAGACCCAAAUCGUUCUUUCUACGAAUGAAGUGCACCCUUGUAAGACGAGGAGGAUCCUACACAAAAUCCUCUGGGUUCAAGGUUAUUCACUGCAUGGGAAGAAUGAAGAAAUAUUCUGCCGGAGGUCUUCCUGGUCCUAAGUAUGCCUUUGUGGCUAUCGGACAACCUCUUCCCACAAUGAACAUCAAUGAGCUACCACUGGAGUGCAACAUGUUUGUGAGCCGAGUCAACAUGGAUCUAAGAAUUGUUUAUUGCGAAGGAAGAAUCCACAAAUUUAUGGAUUACUUUGCGAGAGACAUUGUUGGAAUAUCUGCUUAUGAUUUCUACCAUGGCAAUGAUGUUGGUGUGAUUCAAGGUCACCAUGCAAAAUUUCUGACAAAGGGCCAAGUUCUCACAAAGUACUAUCGCUGGAUGAACAAAAAUGGUGGUUGGGUAUGGAUGCAAACCAAGGCAUCUCUCAUUCCACAUCCUACAAACCCAGAGCUGAAACAAAUGUUGUGUCUGAAUUAUAUUGUCAGUGAAGUGGAACACCGUGGUGUUGUACUGGGAAUGGCCCAGUUAGAAGACAAGCCUGCUAUGCAUCCUCAUGCUUACAUCACUGAGGUGGAAAGUGAUUCUGAUGUCAAUGGUGAAUUGAAAGAUGCUCAGUACGAUGACCAAGUGAUGGUUUAUCCUAAGUGGCAUGAGACCUCCGACAACCUUGUCCCAAAACCAACACUGAUGGAUGCAGUGGCCCUCACACGCACUGGUUACCCAAAGUCCACUGCAGGUGAUGUAACUGGUCUAGAAAAUGAUGUAUUCACCACUACAGCUGAACAAUGGGGUCAAGCUAGUACUAGCACCUCGUGGAGUUCAACCAACAGGUACAACAUUGCCAGGUCAAGCAGUGUUCCAGGUGAUGGAGGGUCUACAAGCACCCUUGAAGAUGAGUUUGAUGACUGGGCAAAACUGAUCACUACUGAACUGACAGAAUUAGAUCGAGACAUUGUUAAGUUUGUGGCAACUGGAGGUGAGAUUUCUCAGCUGCCUGAUGCAAGCCUUGAAGUUCUUCUGAAUGGUGACAGCCUCGAUGGAUUACAAACAAAUGAAGCCAUCCAAAAUCUAGUUACGCCCAAAAUUGAAGAGAUUCCCAUGGACAGUGAAGAGAAUGGCAUCUCCUCUGUAAAUCUUGUCAAUAUACAGAAUAUGCCUCCCCCAAGAGUGCCCUCUGGAGGUUAUGGAAACCUGCCUACGGAUAACUUUGCUGGUGACACAAAGCCAAACUUAAUUUCCAUAAAUCAAGAAGGUGACUUGCUUGAGACAGGUCUUGGCAUUACGGGUUCAAAGAUACGCAGGAUCAACAGUCCUUGCAUGUUUGGCAGUGGAAAUUCCACCAGUGAGAGAAAUUACCAACAGAAAGCACCUACCCUGAGUCAUUUAAACAGCGGUGGUCCUUCAAAUGCUGUCAUGAUGAACAUAUCUCAACAGACUCAGAAUCAUCCCACUGGUAGAGAUUCCAAUGGUAUGAAUUUUGAAAGGAUACCACAAAUGCAGCAGGCUGAUAUGACGUCUACAGGUGGUGGCAACUUUAGAGUUCCAGCGCCUGUUUCACAAAUGCAAAAGCAAAAGGAUGCUGUGCACUCACAAUUCUUUCCAAUUUUGAAGGAAGCAUUUCCCAACGUCUCCGAUGAUACAGUGGCUGACUUGAUCGAUGAUAUGAUCCAAGAUUCAGAUAGGAGACAAGCUGAGGCCAUGAGGAUGGCAACACUUCUGCAACAAGCAGGUUUUGCCCAACUAGAGGAAGUUCCUGAAAUUGAAAUCAAACAGGAGGUGGUGACACCAACUCUACCCCAACCAACUAGUUCAUUCCCUAGUUUCUCUGACAGUGUGGCAACUCAGAGUAGUCAACCUCAAGUUAUAAGUGGUUCCGCAUCUUCCUUCAGCUCUACAGAUACCUUCAACCAGCUUCCAGGAAACCAUGUCACAUUUGUGGCUCCACCUAGAAGACCACAGAAUGGGACAGUUCACAGUCAGAACCCUCCUAUGAGGUUCCAAAAUGGUAAUUCUCAGUUUGAGAGUCAAGGGGACAGCAAUAUGAACUUUUUGCAUUCUUUUUCAACUACAGAAACAAGUCCACAGGCAGGGGUUCCCAUACAAGGUGACAAUCUGUGGAACCCUGACCCACCUUUAAAGCAGAGCGUCAUGGACCAAGGAAUAAGGAACUUGCUGCAAAGCACAGGCAACCCAUUGCCGAAUCAGACCACCAACUUAAAUUCUCAAGUGAACUCUGGCUUGCUCCCACAGCAGUCAAACAUGCAGUUUGUGCCACAAAGCUUGAGUAACAUGCUGCCUCAGAACGGUUCCAGAAACAGUCAAAGUAAUAUGUUUAACAUGACAGUAGUUCCAAAUGUAGACCAGCUGAAUCUUCAGGAACCAAGCCACGUGAAUUCCCUUCUCCAGUCAGGAGCUCCCCUACAAGCUUUGAGCUUUCAGAACCUCAAUGGUGCAAGCAUGUCAAUCGCCAAUCAGCACUACCCCAAGUUUGAUGUGAGCAGGAAACUCUGACAGGUGAAUGGCUCUGUUGUCCAAAGCCAAUUUCGAACAAGGUGGUAUCUUAACUAGGCACUCUGCAUAUUCUUUCAACUGUAAACUAGUUAAACUGCUUUCCUAGUAAAGAGCAUCAGUCCAACGUAUCAUAUUACUUGCGUAAUAAUUGUUGCACUUGAGACUAUUGUACAAACAUUCAUGCAUAAGUAAGAUUCCUUUUCAUGUACAUUGUGUGGGCUCAAUGUAUUAUUUUUAAAAUGUAUAUAAAUUAAAGUUAGUAAAUGGUUUCAUUAGCAACUAGAAAUUAUCAAAAUAUAAUCUUGAACGUUGACUUUUAAUUUUUUCACAAGUAUCUUGUAGAAAUAGAAUGUUCUCUUUUACCUUUGUACAUAAAGUUUGUUACAAUAAUUAUUUGCAGUUAGUUGCUCAAAUAUGACACAAAAUCUUGUAGACAGAAAAUACAACUCAUUUAACAACGUUAGUUAUACCCUAAUACCUCACCUUGUAUGGUUUGGUGGACUACGGGAAAUGUUUAUAUAUUCUGCCAUGUUUGUUUGUUUGCUUGUUUGUUUGGUUUGGCUUUUGAAUAUUUGUAAUAUUUUGUUCCAUUACCACUCUCCUCUGGAGUUACAUAUUAGCAAAACUGGAAGUGUUUAGAUGCCUGAUUUUCAAAUCCUGGUGUCAAGAUGCCUCCUGAACAUUUUUGUAGAUCUAUUCCACUAGAGCUUUUUGAGUUGCUCAGCCAAGCUUUCCAAAGGUUCAUAAAAUAUAUAUAGUCAUUAAAAAGGCUUAUUGGGCUAUUCCUUUAUCAGGAUAUUUAGAUCGUGCUUUUGUCGCAGGUAUUCUUGUUAGACUAUUUUGAUUUUGUUUAAACCAAUGCUGCUGUUGAAAUGACAGUUAUUUGCCAAUACACCUGUUAAGUAAUUACUAUGGCUGACAUAAUAAUGUUAACUGUAACAUAGUGAUUAUUAAGCUGCAAUCAAAAGCUGUAUGCACGACAAUUUUUGAAGCAAUUUUCUCCACACCUAAAAAACCCAACCAUGACAAAGAUUGUUGUUGCAUAAUCUGAUAAUACAAAUAGAAAUAGAUAUCACAUUUUAAUGGUUCCUGGAAAGUGAGAUUUAGAAGCUGGUUUUGUGAACCUUCUUAUUUUGCUCAAUUUGUAAAGGAAUACUGCAUUAUGAAACUCACUGAAGCUGAAAUAUUCAAGACAGCACAAUGUAAGCUCUGGCGGUUUUGCAGGUGGCAGGGGGAGAGGAGAUUGUGGGAGGGCCUGUCCCCCUAGGGUCUCCCCCCCCCCGUCCUUAAUCCGCUACAGCAUGUCCUUUUGUGCAAAAAUACAAACAUUCAAAUGGGACAUUUUGAGCCCUAUUUUUGGCAUGACUUCCAGUGACUUAAACUAACAAUUGCUGUGGUUCCUUGGAUGAAGGAAAGCAUUUUUCAACUAGCUUCUCUCCCAUAAUCAGUGAAAACAUGUUAAUGCUUGCAUGCAUUUCAUUUGCUUUAAAUUUCAGGAUGCCAGCUUAAUUAGUAAAGAAAAGCUCUUCAGCAAGUAGGCUUUAUUUUCAUAUAAUGUGCUUUGGUGGUAUAGUGAAGGUUUUUGUUGCGGGAUGUUUCACAAAGUGAAGCAGUCCUCUAUAGCAGUGUGUUGCGCUCCCGCUACUCUCCAUAGUUAUGUUGAUUAUGAGCUAUUGACUUUCAUAUAUAGUUAUUUACCUAAAACAGUGAGGUUGCAAAUGGCUGACAAGCCAUUAGUCAAACUUGGCGGAGUCAUUGCUUCGCACAUUUUGUAUUUGUAUAAUUUUGAGGGGCGUUCUAGCUCCCACUAGUGUUUUCAGUAUAUUGUAAAAAGCCAAUUCCAUAAGUGUUGAUCAAAUUACUUGUCUUAAAGACUUGUGACCCUCUUGAUGGUUAAAUUGCGUUAAGGGUGUUGCUAGUCGACUUGUGAGUGGAACAUACCUGGUAAAAGUGGAUUACAAAGGGCGAUAAAACAGGAACUUUAACAGCUUUCUUGACAAAUUGCAGUAAGUAACGUUAAGAGUUACUAAUCUGCUUGUGUGGAAAAGCCAUAGCAAAGUAAAUCCCACCAGGUUGGAUUUGGUUGUAACUUUGGUAGAUUUUCCUACUCAGAGAAAACACUCAUGGAAUUGACUUAAGAAGGAGUAUAACCAUUGUAGUAAUCCAGUUCGUACAAUAUUCGUGGGAGAAACGUGAAGUUCCCCCUUAACAUUGCUGUAUGAGCAAUAAACUGUCAAGACAUAUUGUGA